CUGUAUGAACCACUGCUAAGGUCUUACGUGAUUUGUGAUUUGAUAAUUGGAAUAAAAACACCUGCAUGACCCAUUAUGGCCUUUAAAGGAGCUCAGAAUCCAAGAGAUAUGCAACAUCCAAUCAAGUUGAGGCUUGUCCUUCUUGGGGGUCAAAAUUCUGGAAAGAGCUUUGUGGGAAACAGCAUCUUAAACCGAGAAGAGUUCGUCCUCCGUGAGCGGACCACGUGUAUGAAAAGAAAAGCUGAAUUUCAAGGGCGAAGGCUGACUGUGGUGGACACCCCAGGCUGGUGGUGUGACUUCUCAGCACAAGACACACCUGAGCUGGUUAGGAGAGAAAUCAGACGCAGUGUAUUCCUAAGCCUCCCAGGGCCAAAUGCUUUUCUCCUGGUGGUCAAAAUAGACUCUGCAUUCAUAGAAAAGCGGAGAAGAGCUGUAGAAGAGCAUCUGGAACUCCUUGGAAAGACAAUUUGGAGUCACACUCUGGUGCUGUUCACGAAGGGAAAACAUUCAGGAGAUACAUCAUUUGAGGAACAUGUUAAGGCAUCAGGUAAACCCCUCCAGUGGCUCCUAAAGAAGUGCAGUGGCAGGUUUCAUGUGCUGGAUAUCCAGGGAACAUGCAAUGCCACCCAGAUAAAGGAAAUGAUGGUGAAAAUUGACAAAAUGGUGGCAGGAAAUCCCCAUUUUGAAAUGGAUCACAAGACUUUACAGGAAAUAGAGGACAAGAGGAGAGAAGUGGAGCUAAAGGCUCACCAGAGAUUGAUAAGGAUACACAAACAGAGAGCUACUCUGAAAGUGCACUCAUAUCAUCUCCAAAGCUUUAGACUUGUCCUGCUCGGAGCAAAGGGGUCAGGGAAGAGCUCGACAGGAAAAAGCAUUCUAGCAGCAGGAAGUGACCAAAGGUUUACAGCAAAGAGACGGACCACACGAAGCAUGAUGGAAACAUGCAUAGUGGCAGGAAGGCAUGUGACAGUGGUGGACACACCUGGUUGGUGGAUGAACUACUUUGCCCAGGAUUCUUCAGCUUUUGACAAACAGGAAAUAGUCAACAGCAUUUACUUGUGUCCACCUGGUCCCCAUGCUUUCCUUUUGGUGGUGCGGGUGGAUAGGUCAUUCACAGAGACCUACAGAAGAGCGAUUCAAGAGCAUGUAGAACUUAUUAGUAAGGAAAUCUGGAAUCACACUAUAGUGGUCUUCAGCUUUGGAGACUGGCUUGGUGACACAACCAUCGAUCAGCACAUUGAAAGUGAAGGAAAGGCGCUUCAGUGGCUUGUGGAGAGAUGUGGAGACCGCUAUCAUGUUCUAAACAACAAGAGUCUUGGGAAUAUGUUCCAGAUCACAGCACUACUGGAGAAGAUAGAGGAGAUGAGAACAGGAAAUGGGGUGAGCCACAUCAACAUAGACAAGAGUGUUUUUAAAGACAUUGAGAGAAAACAGAGAGAAGAGGAGAACAGAGUAAAACUGCGGUGGGACAAUGUUCUACGACGAAGGUACAACUUGAGGGCUUUCAAGGAACAGGUGCAGCUGCCCACAUCCAUACGAGUCAUUCUCCUGGGUGGCAAAAACUCUGGCAAGACCUCUGCUGCCAGGUGCAUUUUGGGUAAUGACGGACUAGAGACUGACAGCCAAAAACCCAUGAGAGGUACUGUUAUAUUCAAUGAGAAAAACGUUGAAGUUAUGGACACAACAGGCUGGACCACAGAGUGUCCAGAUACUACAGAGUUCAGCAGGCAACAUCUCAAGGACUGGGUUUCUGGGUCGGCCAGUGGGAUCUGCACCCUACUGCUGGUAGUCAAUGGCAGCUCCUCAUUUACGUUAAAGAACUUGAGAGCGGCUGAUGAACAUCUGCGUGCUCUGGGAGGGAACGCAUGGAGCUGCACCAUUGUGUUGUUCACAAAUGGAGACUGGCUCGGUGAAGUUAGUGUGGAACAGUAUAUUGAACGUGAAGAAGCACUACAAAUGCUGAUGGAGAAAUGUGAAAACAGAUAUCAUGUUUUUAACAACAAAAUCAAAGACAAUGGCACUCAGGUUGCAGAGCUGAUGCAGAAGAUUGAAGAAAUGGUUUUAGAACAGAUGCUAAACAGUACAGAAAAUCAGGAGAACAUUAAACGACCUUUGGUAAAUGGUGAAUUGCAGUUAGAUGGAAGUAUACAGAUUGGGGAAGAACAAAUAACCCCUUUAAGCAGCUCUACAAACAUCCAUCAUGGUGAUACUGACGUUCCAGGAGAGCAUCAAAUGAUUGGGUUCUCUGGACAUCCGCUCCCUUCUUCUUCCUGUGAUUUGAGAAUCACCAACACAGACUCCAGCCUUUCACGCAGUGAAAAUCAAGAACUGACCUAUAGAAAUGUCAGAUUAUCUAGGAACUCCUUGCUGAGAAACAAUCAGCAAAGCCUGGUAGUAGUGCUCAACACCUCUGAAUGGUUUCACCCAAAUGAACCAUGGGGGACUGAUGUGAAUAGAACAAGUAGGCCUGAAUUACCUCCUCUUGCUGUGCUCAAUUUUACACCAGCUGAGCAACCCAGGAAUGAAUUACGAAUGUUGAGGAACAGAUCACAGGAGGGAAGGUUUUGUGAGCAGUCCUUUCCACAGUAUCAGACGAGGACACCUUACACAGGCCAAACUGCCAAAGAAAAAGCCUUUGUGGAUUUUGUCCAAUCAGGGAGCCUGCAGGACUUAAUUGACCAAUGGGGUGACAGCAACAUUGAGGAACUGGAGGCAUUCAUAGAUUCUUAUUUUGAGAUGGUGUGGCAGGAAGCUAUGAAAGAGGCUAAAGCAAAGAAAUGCAGCAAUGCAAUCCCAAUAAACUGUGAAUGUUCAGAGAAAAAUCAAGAACAUCUGGCCUCAAUUGACAGGAAGCUAUCUAAACUUGACAUCCUGGGAGAAGUUCAAAGAGACCUGCUGGAGCUGAAGCAAAGCUUCAAGCACUGUAGUAGGAUAUUUCAGGAACUGAAAGACAGGAGUAAAGAGACAAAUGAUCCCUGCCGACACACUGAGGCAACAGGGUCAGCAGUAAGUGAGGAAAGGGAUUAAAUAGAUGUAAAGCGAAUAAAGCUGUUGAGUGCUGAGUGAUGAACCAUCAAAAAGACACCAUUAAUAAUCAAUGUACACUGCCUGGCCAAAAAAAGUUGCAUACUCUAAUAUUUAAUUGGACCGCCUUUAGCUUUGAUUACGGUGCGCAUUCGUCCUGGCAUUGUUUUGACAACCUUAUGCAACGUCACAUCAUUAAUUUCCAUCCAGUGUUGCAUUACUUUUUUAGCCGAGGUCUUGCAUUGAUGACGGGAGAGUCGAACCACUCCGUAAAGUCUUCCCCAGCACAUCCCAAAGACUUUCAAUGGGGUUAAGGUCAGGACUCUGUGGUGGCCAUUUCAUGUGUAAAAAUGAUUCCGCAUGCUCCCUGAACCACUCUUUCACAAUUUGAGCCCGUUGAAUCUUGGCAUUGUCAUCCUGGAAUAUGCCCGUGCUGUCAGGGAAGAAAAUAAUCCAUUGAUGGGAUAACCUGGUCAUUCAGGUAGUCAGCUGACUUCAUUUUAUUUCUGCAAAUUGUUUCUGAGCCAAGACCUGACCAAUUGAAGCAACCCUAGAUCAUAACACUGCCUCCAGAGGCUUGUACAGUGGGCACUAUGCAUGACGGGCGCAUUGCUACAUGCGCUUCCCUUUUUACCAAUGUAAAUCUGGACUCAUCAGACCACGUGACCUUUUUCCAUUGCUCCACAUCUUUAUGCUCCCUAGCUAAUUUAAGUCGUUUUUUUCUUCCGACAAGGUUGUUUAAGAAAUGAGAAGCUACACACUGCAUCAGUUAGGGUUCAAAAAUUGUUGCCAGCUGAAACAUAUUAAUCACUGCAAUAAUGAUCCAAUCAUAGGCUCUUAAGUAUCUGCUUAUUUAAAUCCAAACGACGACUUUUUGUUUUUGGCCAGGCAGUAGUAUUUCUUGUCAAGGUUGGUCAUUACUAUAACUAUAUUCUCUUCCUACAUCCAGAGGAGACCAAGUUUUAGGUUAGAAGUUUUAGAAUUCUUUAUUUUUGGGCAAACAUUUAACUACAUGUCAAAAGCCCAAACAUGUGUGGUGGUGCAUGAGACAGUUCUGAUAUGAAAACGUUCCCUCAAUAGUAAUGAAAUGUACUUUGGUGUGUUUUGCUUUCUGCAGAUCAAAAAUAUACCAAGGAAUAAAUGACAAUUGUGAAAUUCUCUUGAACA